AUGAGUCAAACAUCUCUGAAACAGAAAAAGAAGAAUGAGUCUGGAACAAAAUACUCAAGAGAGAGUCUAGAGUCAGAGAAAAGACGCGAGUCUGACAAAUCAGGAGUUCGUCUGAGAACUCAGAUGAGGCAUGCAGUCAAUCCGAGUCACUGGCUGAGAUGUUGCCCCAUGCGUGGUCACCUGGCGUGUAGACACUGCCUUAGUGCAGCUGAGGGAACAGUCCUUCUUGGCCCCUGCCGCACAAUACGUAUUUAUAUUCACAUGUGCCUGUUAUGGGAACAGGGCCAGCAGAUCACCAUGAUCAGGGGAUCACAGGAAUUAGCACUGCCAAAGACAGAUUCUCGAGGGUACCUUGUGCGAAACCAGUGGUCCGGAACUUCACGGAGUCCAUCUACCAGAGCCCCAUCAGCAGACGAGCCCAGAAGCAAGAGUGCCAGUCUUAAGGUGGAAGUCCCCACAAGCUCCACAACCUCCCAGACGUCAUCCACCUCCCAGAGCCAGCAAGAGUCCGCGCAGGAGCUGUCCACGCAGGUGUCCCCACCCACACCGCCCGUGCUGCACACACCCCCAGAGCCUCUGGACUCCAGUCCUCCCACGCCCCCCGAGCCCCAGCCCCAUUCCCAGCCCCAGUCCCUGCCCCAGUCCCUGCCCCAGUCCCAGUCCGCUUCCCGGCGCAGCACCAAGAUGCAGGACAACCAUGAAGCCUGGGCGCACGGCAUCAUGCGGGAGUUCCGGGACUCGCGGGACACGCGGGAGUCGCGGGACAUGCGGGACAUGCGGGAGUCGCGGGACGUGCGGGAGUCGCGGGAAUACCCGCGCACACCUCCCAGCGAAUGGAAGUCCUACGGCCAGCGCAGGACCACCUACUCCUCCCAGCUGGACCGCGACUGUAUUUCCGACCUGCCCCGGCAGCAGCGGGAGGAGGAGAACGACGACGAGGAAGCCUACUGGUCAUCCGUGAGGACACUGUAUGAGAAGAACCCCGGCUGUUCACGCCCCCGGCCGCCAAAACCCAAGCAUGCCAUCACCAUCGCCGUGUCAUCCCAGGCUCUCUUCAACAUGAUGGAUGGCAGGAAAAUCUAUGAGGAAGAGGGCCUGGAAAAGUACAUGGAGUAUCAGCUCACCAACGAGAACGUCAUCCUGACCCCUGGGCCCGCGUUCCGCUUUGUCAAGGCCCUGCAGCAUGUCAAUGCUAGACUCCGCGAUCUGUAUCCUGAUGAACAGGACUUAUUUGAUAUUGUACUGAUGACUAAUAACCAUGCCCAAGUGGGAGUGCGGCUUAUAAACAGCGUCAAUCACUAUGGCUUACUAAUUGACCGCUUCUGUCUGACUGGCGGAAAAAGCCCCAUUGGCUAUUUGAAGACAUAUCUUACCAACUUGUAUCUUUCUGCAGAUUCUGAAAAAGUACAAGAAGCAAUAAAAGAAGGGAUCGCCGCUGCAACAAUAUUUGAGGGAGCCAAAGACAUGUCUCACUGUGACACUCAGCUCCGUGUCGCUUUUGAUGGGGAUGCCGUGCUCUUCUCUGAGGAGUGUGAGCAUAUCACCAAGGAUCACGGGCUGGACAAAUACUUCCAACAUGGAACACUGCCAGACAAUAAGUCUCUUGCUCAGGGUCCCUUGAAAGCCCUUCUGGAAGAUUUGGGCAGACUGCAAAAGAAGUUUUACGCCAAAGACCAACGGUUAUGUUGCCCUAUCAGGACCUACCUGGUUACAGCCAGGAGUGCAGCGAGUUCAGGCGCUCGAGUGCUGAAAACCCUUCGCCGGUGGGGUCUAGAGAUAGAUGAAGCCCUUUUCCUUGCUGGAGCCCCCAAAGGUCCCAUCUUGGUGAAAAUACGGCCCCACAUCUUCUUUGAUGACCACAUGUUCCACAUUGAAGGGGCACAGAAAUUUGGCACCGUCACAGCUCAUGUACCUUAUGGCAUGAAUCAGAAAUUGAACAAUUAG